AUGGGCACGCACUGCUUUUUCUCUAAGGGGCCGUAACAGUCCCAUCAUUCCUGCAGAAAAUUCAGAAAAUAAUGCAAGGUAGUUUAUACUGAACUUCUACCCACCAGCACAUACAGACCAGGCCUCUAACCACUCCCUGGGAGCCUGCGUGCCAGCAGCCUGGAACCCAGAGCCUCUCGUGGAGUCUGCACAAUGAAUCCCGACUGAAGCCGAUGUCUUCUAGAGAGACGGAAGCACAAUCCAACCAGGGCGCAGCAGAAUUUUGAGAGGCCUGAAUGCCUCCGCGUCCGGCAGGGGACCGCUGGGACUAAUUCUCUUGGCAAACUUGAGGCCAGCCAAACCUACCAUGCUUCACAUCCCUGUUAUCCUUGGUUAUCGCCCAAGAUUGGCUUAUAGAAGAGAUGAAAUGUGGUCUGAGGGACGAUAUGACUAUGAAAGACUUCCAAGAGAACGAGUACCUGCUCGAAGUCACCCCAGUGCUGGCUACCAUAGAGUAGUUAAUAUUGUGCCAAAGAAACCACCACUGCUAGACAGACCUGGUGAAGGAAGCUACAAUAGAUAUGACAGUCAUGUUGAUUACCGAGAAUAUGACGAGGGCCGCAGUUUUUCUCAUGAUCGAAGAAGUGGUCCACCUCACAGAGGAGAUGAAUCUGGUUAUAGAUGGGCAAGAGAUGAUCAUUCUGCAAGCCGACAGCCUGAAUACAGGGAUGUGAGAGAUGGCUUUAGAAGAAAAAGCUUCUACUCCCAUUAUGUGAGAGACCGGUCUCCUCAUAAAAGGGAUAAUCCGCUUUUCAGAGAAUCACCUGUAGGCCGAAAGGAUUCUCCACACAGCAGAUCUGGCUCCAGUGUCAGUAGUAGAAGCUACUCUCCGGAAAGAAGCAAACCGUACUCUUUCCAUCAGUCGCAAUAUAGAAAGUCCAUGCGUGCUGGUGCCUCCUACAAAUGGCAGAAUAAAAGAAAGCCAGAAACAGAUAAAGAGAGGCCUGUACAGUCUUUGAAAACAUCAAGAGAUACUUCACCCUCAAGUUCUUCAGCAGUUCCAUCAGCAAAGGUGUUAGACAAACCCAGUAGGCUAACUGAAAAGGAACUUGCCGAGGCUGCAAGCAAGUGGGCUGCUGAAAAGCUAGAGAAAGCAGAUGAAAGUAACUUGCCUGAAAUUUCUGAGUAUGAGGCGGGAUCCACGGCACCAUUGUACAUUGACCAGCCAGAAGAACCUGAGUCUAAUGCAGCAGAUGGCAUAGAGUUAUUUGAAGACAGUCAGCUAACCAGUCGUUCUAAAGCAAUAGCAUCAAAAACCAAAGAGAUUGAACAGGUUUACCGACAAGACUGUGAAACUUUCGGGAUGGUGGUGAAAAUGCUGAUUGAAAAAGAUCCUUCAUUAGAAAAGUCUAUACAGUUUGCAUUGAGGCAGAAUUUACAUGAAAUAGGUGAGCGGUGUGUUGAGGAACUCAAGCAUUUUAUUGCAGAGUAUGAUACUUCUACUCAAGACUUUGGAGAGCCUUUUUAGAUUUCUUGCUCAGGCAAAAAAAAAAGUUUCUAGAUUUUUUUCCCUCCCGGAUUGCGUAAAUCCUUAAUAUAUGGAAUUUUUGUGAUGAAGAGAAAUAGUUUAUGAUAGUUGACCGCACUUCCAAUAUCAAAUAAACAUUUAAAAUAGUCUGUUUAAAAUAUUUUAAUUAGAUUUUUUUCUACAUGUAAAGCCUCCUAAUUCACAUGCAUCUUUGCCCCCUGCUUCGCCCCCUAAAAUGAUGGGUCAAUUAAUUUUUCAAGCUUUGAAAAAGCAGUCCUGAAGAACAGCUUUCUGUGCCUACUCAUGUUCUGUAGUCUUCCAAGUAUAUAAUCAUUUGUUUGGUCACAGGAGUGUAAUUUACAGGCUAGAGAUCAUUCCACUUAAACAUUAAUAGUCGUUUUGCAUUUCAUAGUGAAUGGUACCAUGUGAAAAUGUUAGGAUUCUGAGUUGUGAUUUUAUUAACUUGUUGCUUGCUUUUCUUAGGCUUUGUGACUUUUAAUAUGUUAAAGUGUACUGUCAUAAUAAACUGAAUACUUUGGUAUCAUAGAGAAUAUUUGCUUUGAGAAUAAGUUUCAUUCAGUGAUAACAUAGAGCGCUUAAAUCUCUGAAAGACACCUCAGAAUAAAAUCCUUUUUCCUAAGUAAAUGAACUAAAUGUCAUCUAUUAAUCCUGAAGCUUCUGACUCUUUCACUGAUCAUUUUUAAGACUAAUAAAAGGGGCAAUUUGAGAUGACAGAUUAGGGAUAUAUUAAAGUUGAGAUUUCUCAAAAACUUCUGAUCAAAAGAGGAAAAAUUUAGAAUGUUUUAUUUUUUCAUAGGCCUAGUAGUGGAGUGCAGUUUUUUUUUAUAGACCUGUAUUCCCCACCUCAAGAAAGAAGGUGAUUGAUAACAUGUCCAUGAUUACACUAUUUACAGAUUAUUCCCUUGUUAAUCUCUGUAGUCCAGUGAGUUCCUUGUUCUCUUGCCUUUUAGAGGUCCUUAGCCUUUCAAAAGUGUUCUUGAAAGAAACAAAGCAAAUAGGUGUUGAUAGUAAGCUGCCCCUUACCAAGCAGCCUAUGUGAACAGUCCUCCAUGAGUGAGCCAUCCAAAUCACGGGUUAGUUAAGAAUCCAAGUGGGACGAUUAGGAUGUUCCACUCAUUUCCUGAUCACUUCCAUCAGCCCUGUGGCAUUGAGCCAAAAUACACAAUUUUGCGGUAUUAGUUAGUGAGGAAACCUUAAAAAUCAUGUUUGUUAUUACUACCCAAUUUCAUCAUCCUCCCAUCCUCUUUUGGUUUCUACUCUCUUCUUACUCAAAUUCUGGCAUUAUUUUUAGUGGCCUCUACUGAUAAUAUCUAAAGAGCUACCCCAAAGCACAUAAAAAUUAUAUUAAAAUUGGAAACAGCAGUAUGAAUAAUUUUAACAGAUCCUUUAUUGGGCGCCUCAAAGUACAUAUUAUACUGUUCCACAGAUUUAAAAACUAAUUGAGGGCAACAAUUAUUUUUUUUAAUUUCCUAGAUGAGAUCACCUUGAAGUUUUAUUUUUGUCAUUUAGAUGUUAACGUAUCUAACUUUAAGCCAAACUAAAUCCCACAUAUCAACUCCGGUAUUUUUCCUUAAUAGCAGUGAUUUUAUUUGUUACCCACUUUAGAUGGACUAAGAAAGGUACUGAUCUUGUUUUUCCUCUUUUGCCACCAAUGUUUCUUUCUCUCUCUUUUUUUUGGGUUCUUUUUUCUUUUUAUUUUAUAUUUGUUUUUUAUCACUAAUACUGUUUUGAGAUUACCACCAAUGUUUUUCUUUUCCUUAAAUACUCAAGCCCCAGGAUUCAUUUUCUUUAGUCAAGACGUCAUAAAUUUAAAAAUAAAACUUAAGAAACUACCAAAGGCAAAGGAGUUGUUCACUUUGUUGAAAUUCAUUAAGUUAGAGAAGUCUUACUAACAGAUGCAUUUAAAUGUAGGUUCAACGAUAAUUUCUUCUUCUCCCCUUCCCCCAAAUUACAGCUUUAAAGCUGUUUAUAGCUUGCCAUCAGCAUUAUUCUGGUAGGCUUGUCAGUGUUAAAACUGUUUGCUUAGGGAUUUUUUUUAAGCCCUUUAAAGUUUAAUUUUAAGAUAGAUGAAUUCAGAUGUGUACCAGAGUGUGUAUUUUACAAAAUGUUCUUGAUUAAAGAGAUUUGUUUGUAAAUUAUCCAUUGUUUUUUAAGUAUGCCCAAUUGAUGUGAUAAAAUUUUCAUUGUCUUACCAUAAAGCUUUGAUGAUCAACAAGGAGAAUGCAGAUAUUAUAAAACUUUUUGUGAAUUUUAAAGUGCAAAAUAAAGUAACCACAUCUAAA